CGUGGUGAGGGCUCUCGGGCGGGGCCUCGGACGGGCAACUCGGGCCCCGGAUUUCACAUCGGAAACAAAACAGCGGCUGGUCUGGAAGGAACCUGGUUGCCAUCCAGCUGCGGCAGCGGCGACAGGAAAAGAAUCUGAUUCAGGAGCCUGCAAGUGAUAGCAGCCCUCGAGGUCCUUAAGCAGCUUGGCCUGGAGGAGAACACAUGAAAGAAAGAACCCCUAGAGGCUUUGUUUUCUGUGAAAAAAUAUUUCUAUACAGUUGUUCCAAUGACAGAGUUACCUGCACCCUUGUCCUACUUCCAGAAUGCACAGAUGUCCGAGGACAACCACCUGAGCAAUACUGUACGUAGCCAGAAUGACAUUAGAGAACGGCAGGACCAUGGUGACAGGAGGACCCUUGGCAACCCUGAGCCAUUAUCUAAUGGACGACCCCAGGGUAACUCACCGCCUGUGGUGGAACAAGAUGAAGAAGAAGAUGAGGAGCUGACGUUGAAAUAUGGUGCCAAGCAUGUGAUCAUGCUCUUUGUCCCUGUGACUCUCUGCAUGGUGGUAGUUGUGGCUACCAUCAAAUCGGUCAGCUUUUAUACCCGGAAGGAUGGGCAGCUAAUNUAUACCCCAUUCACAGAAGACACCGAGACUGUAGGCCAGAGAGCCCUACACUCAAUUCUGAAUGCUGCCAUCAUGAUCAGUGUCAUUGUUGUCAUGACUAUCCUCCUGGUGGUUCUGUAUAAAUAUAGGUGCUAUAAGGUGAGCAAGUGACACAGAGCUUUGCCUUCCAACUUGUUAAGUAUGACUAGGUUUUCCUGUCACACACCUCACUUGAGCUAGUAUAGAAAAAGGUCUUAAAUUCUAGA